CGCUCCUUCCCUCAGAAGAAACCUCUUUGUCUCCGCUGUGUAGCUCGUCCUGCGGGUUGAAUAUCUCAAGAUGGCGUCGUUCAACAAGAAUAAUUCAGCUGUGAAGCGUAUUAUGCAGGAGGCGAGGGAACUUGCGAACGAUCCUUGCACGGACUACACUGCUGCACCUUUGGAGGAUGAUAUCUUUGAGUGGCACUGCACCAUUCGUGGGCCUCCUGACACCGACUUUGAAGGUGGACUCUAUCACUUCCGGAUACUGCUUCCAGCCGAGUAUCCGUUCCGACCGCCGUCUAUCAUGAUGUUGACACCAAAUGGUCGUUUCGAGCUGAACACAAAGAUUUGCAUUAGCUUUACAAACUACCACGAGGAGCUCUGGCAGCCUGCAUGGGGUGUUCGAACAGCGAUCAUCGGUCUCAUGGGCUUCUUCCCUCUCAAGGGCAAAGCCGCGAUUGGUGUCGGCGCUGUAGAGUAUCCACCAUCGGAAAGAAAGCGCCUCGCUGCUGCCUCGCGCAAUUGGACGUGCCCAACUUGUCAGAAGAUGAACGUGGACUGUCUCCCAGACCUACCCAAGAACGAUGCCGAAACUGGUCCCUCUUCCUCAUCUUCCACGGAGCAUACCCAUACAACCGAACCAACUCUACCCGCGGAGCACGCACACACAACCGAGUCGAGUGUGGCUACAGAACCAACGACAGGAGCGACACUGCCGCUUACAGAUCCGGCUCUUCCAGCUCCCGACCCUACGUUGACUCCCGAACCUCUCCCCGUUCCAGGAUCCGAAGCUAUCGUGCCUCAUGAAGACGUCGAGCCGAAGCUCGUUCUCUCCGCCCCAGAGAUACUUCCUGCAAGCACCACAGCGACUUCUUCCGGACCUGUACCGCCUGCAAACCCUGCCGCUCAACCCCAGACCCAAGUCGCCGUAGCUACUAGAAGAGCAACCACACGUUCUCCGCCGCGGCCUCCCAUGAUCAUAGAUGCGGCUAUCGGCGUCCUCGCUGUGCUUGUUCUUGCCAUCAUUUGCCGACGUAUCUUGUAA